UCGGGGCCGCGCCAGCCCGGGACGCCUGGCUUUGCCCGUUCCGCUCCGCUCCUCUCCGCUCCGCUCGCCAAUCUCCUCCUGAGCGCCAGGCAUGGCCCCAAGUACCGUGGCGGUAGAGAUGCUCAGUCCCAAGGAGAAAAACAGACUGCGGAAGCCGGUGGUGGAGAAGAUGCGUCGGGACCGCAUCAACAGCAGCAUAGAGCAGCUGAAGCUGCUGCUGGAGCAGGAGUUCGCGCGGCACCAGCCCAACUCCAAGUUGGAGAAGGCCGACAUCCUGGAGAUGGCUGUCAGCUACCUGAAGCACAGCAAAGCCUUCGCCGCGGCUGCCGGCCCCAAGAGCCUGCACCAGGACUACAGCGAGGGCUACUCGUGGUGUCUGCAAGAGGCCGUGCAGUUCCUGACCCUGCAUGCCGCCAGCGACACGCAGAUGAAGCUGCUGUACCACUUCCAGCGGCCCCCUGCCCCCACCGCACCUACCAAGGAGCCCCCGGCGCCGGGCACUGCGCCCCACCCCACGCGCUCCCCGGCUAAGGCCGCUGCCGCCGUCGCCACCUCUCGACAACCCGCCUGUGGCCUCUGGCGACCCUGGUGACCCCCGCGGCCAACGGAUGCCUGGAGCGAACCAGAGGACUGACGAGCCGGUUCCUCUCGUACCUCUCCGUGUAGGGAAGGCCUUCCCCAGCCGCAGUUCAGCCCCAGGUUGACCGCAACCUUCUUUCGAAGGCUCCCUCCCCAAGGCUGGCUGGCCAGCAGGAGGGUCAUUCUUAGAGAAUGUGUGUGCAGAGUUGUCAUUUGGGGAUAAUCAGGGUCCACCCUCUGCCAUGUGUCCGACCCUAUGGGGUUGUUUUGUGUUUGCAUUUCAGCAAGUGACUUCUGGGAAGUUCCCGGUCACCGGGGGUUCUAUGAUAUUUGUAGAGUGAGGGGUUGGUUUACCGGUGCCCCAGCCUGUAGAGGACUUUCUUCAGGGCCCCUUGCUGCUGGGCAAGCACCCUGCAGGUGGGCUGUGCCCUGGGCACACUUGCCUUUUGUGAAGGCGGAACUGCAGGCUUUUCCUCAUAGGAAAGCACUUAGCCUGCGUGGGCACAGGGCCCAUGGGACCUCACCUGAGGGUCCAUGUGGCCUUGGCUGUCUGGGAGGGUGGGGUCUCCACGAUGAUCCUUAAAGGAUUCCUCUGUGUGGGUGGGUGUAUGUGGGCACGAUUUUGUAUUUAGAAUUUGAACUCUUGGUCACGUGGGAGACCACAGACUGCUCUGAAGGCGUCUAAUAAAACAUCAAGCUCGCUA